AAAAGAGACGGUCCAGGAGAAUAGGAAAUAUGGACUUUGACCAGAGCUGCCUUUGGAGAGAGACUUCUUUUGAAUCGUUUUUGCCUUCCUCCUUCUCUCAGCAACAACUCGGUGGCACCCUCGACGGAUCGCCGUCGUUCACGGCAAACAACGACAACCCUACUACCGUCAGGAAGCUCAAUCACAAUGCCAAGGAGCGUGAACGCCGCCAGAAGAUCAACGGUCUCUUCUCUUCCCUCCGUUCACUACUUCCGGCAUCUCAUCAAGUGAAAAAGUUGACAACACCUGCCAUAGUUUCGAAGGUGCUGAAAUACAUUCCAGAACUACAGCAGCAAGUGGAAGCAAUGGUUCAGAAGAAGGAAGUUUUGUCAAGGAUUCCUGGACCAGGGAAGCAAAAGAAAAGCGUUACCGGAGGCUGCACGGCGGCCAAUAUUUCAGCAAAUCGCCUAAGUGAUACGGAGGUGAUGCUUCAGCUUUCCACAUACAAAGUCCAUAAAACUUCACUGUCUGAUAUCUUGGUGAAGUUAGAAGAGGAUGGGUUUCUUCUCAUAAAUGCUUCCUCUUUUGAAUCCUUCGAAGGAAGAGUCUUCUAUAAUUUACAUCUUCAGGUUGACAGAAAUUGUAGAUCGGAAAUCCAGGCAUUGAGUAAGAAACUGUUACCUUUGCUGCAAAAGGAGGAAGGGUUUCCAUGAACUUUGGUAAAGAUACAAGAUGAAGAUUAUGUAUUCAUAACGCACGCAAGAAGAAUGGAAUCUGUACCGAUGAAGCUAGUGACUCUGUACUUCUGUAGUUUCAUGUCGAAAAGAUAUAGUUGUUUGAAAAGGUUACUCUCCUUGUGUAACCCACAACAAUAAUAAAAAAUGAAGAAUAGU